CUCACCCCAUACUCAUCACAAACCCAAUACACAAUCAUAAUCUCAAUUUCACUUCUCUGCUCCAAAGUUUCAAUCUUUUCUCUGAAAUCCCAAAUGGGCAUCGCCACAAUCAAAAUGGGAGGCAACUCCGACUCCAACUGUUCCAUCACUCCACGCCAUUACAACACCCACAAGGUGUUCCUUUUCUGCAACUACAUUCUCUUGGGUGCAGCCUCCAGCUGCAUCUUCCUCACCCUCUCCCUGCGCCUCAUUCCCUCUCUAUGCGGCUUCUUCUUCAUCCUUCUUCAGGUCUUCACGAUUGCGGGUGCAGUCUCGGGUUGUGCUGCUGUGGGGGCUAAUAGGUGGUACUCUGCACACAUGGUGGCCACUGUUCUAACGGCUAUCUUUCAGGGUUCUGUUUCAGUGUUGGUGUUUACGCGGACUGGCGAUUUUCUGGGUCAGUUGAAAUCUUACGUGAGGGAGGAGGAUGGUGCUGUGAUUCUCAAAUUGGCUGGUGGACUCACCAUUUUGAUCUUUGUCUUGGAGUGGGUAGUUUUGACUCUUGCAUUUUUCUUGAAGUAUUAUGCUUGUGUUGAGGGGAAUAGUGGCGCUGUUGUGCCUGUGAGGAGUGGGAAGGUGCAGCAGGAUGAGGACUUGAAGGAUUGGCCUUGGCCUUUUCAAGUUUGAUUCUUGUGAUGACAAGAAAACACAAGAAGGAACAAUGACUUGUUCCUUUUGAAGUUGUUGCAGUUGAUUUGGUAAUCUUCAAAUUCGUUGAUUCGUUGGAGAAUUGGAUGCUUUUUUCUCCUGAUAGAAAUAUAAGUGUUUUGUUGGCUACGAAUUAUGAUCAUUAUGUAAUUAGUUGUGUGAGUGUUUAUUCUUUAGAUUCGUCUUAUUUGUUGUUGGAUUAUUACUACUUUACAUAUCAUCUUCUUGUUGUUAAUCAAAGAAGUUCAGUUACUAUAUUA